AUGAUUUUUUAUCAUUUAUAACACUUUGUCUUUAAUUUCUAAUAAUUUUUUAAGCACAAUCUAUUCUAAUAAAUGUGAUUCUUUAGUGAAAGUUUUUUUUUUCAAUGAAAGCCGAAAAUUUUUAGUGUAUUUACAUUAUUUUUAGGUUAUAUGUGUCAAAAAAUUAAACAAAAUGGAUGAUAUAUCAUCUCAACAUCCUUUAUUUUCGGAUGAUCCUGGAACAUUAGGAUUCGACUUGUCUGCUGGCAAUGUUUGGAUAUAUCCAGAGAAUUAUCCCAUAAGAGAAUAUCAAUUUACCAUUGUUAAAAAAGCACUUUUUCAAAAUACUCUCGUAUGUCUGCCAACGGGUUUAGGAAAAACAUUUAUAGCUGCAGUUUUGAUGUACAAUUUUUGGCGAUGGUAUCCAAAGGGAAAAGUUGUCUUUUUAGCUCCGACAAAACCACUUGUGGCACAACAAAUAAAUGCCUGUCAUGAAAUCAUGGGAAUUCCCAGUGAAGAAACUAUUGAACUCACUGGAAAUACAAGUCAAAAACUUCGUGAAAUAGCCUGGUCAAAGAAAAGAGUAAUAUUUGCUACUCCACAAACAUUUCAUAAAGAUUUGGAAAAAAAUAUUUUUUCAUUAAAUUUGGUCAAAUGUUUAGUCAUCGAUGAGGCGCACAAAGCAUUGGGAAAACAUUCUUAUUGUGAGAGUGUUCGUUUAUUAAGUGAGCAAAAUAAAUUUUUUCGUGUUUUGGCUCUUUCUGCAACACCUGGAGAUAAAAUAACCAAAGUAGUUGAGGUCAUAACGAAUCUUCAUAUUUCGAAUUUAGAAUUGAGAGAUGAUAUGUCGUCGGAUAUAAUUCCUUACAUUAAUGAGAGAAAAUUGGAAAUUAUUUUAGUUCGCUUAAGCGAUGAAUUGGCAAGAUUUAAAGAACGUUACAUAUCAGUGAUGGAUCCUCAUGUCAGAUAUUUGGUUCGGUGUAACAUUCUUAAAGGUGACACUGGAAACAUUAGCAAAGGAAGGAUAUUCCACUUAGUGAAGGAAUUUCAAUCGAGGCAAAAUAAAAGUGGAAAUUAUGGACAAAUAAUGAAAACAUUGAAUAUAUUGUUAACAAUGUCUCAUGCAUAUGAAUUAAUGAUUCGACAUGGUCUAAGAGCAUUUCUUCAUUUUUACGAAAAUCAUAAUGACAAAUCUUGGUUGGGACAGGAAGUUAGUUUACAUCAAAUGUUGGAGGAUAUAAAAAAUUAUCUUGGUCCAUUUCCCAUUAUCGAACCAUUAUCGGAUGGAACUAUACCAGACAUUCCCAAUGAUCUUCUAUUUGGUCACAAUAAAUUCUAUAAAUUAAAAGAAGUUCUGCAAAAACAUUUUGAUUUGUUUCAAAAGAAAAAUCAAGAAACGCGAGCAAUUGUAUUUGUAGAGUAUCGAGACAUUGUGAAUGAGGUUUAUGUUUUACUUUUGCAAAGUAGGCCAUUAAUACGUCCGCAAAUGUUUGUUGGUCAAGCGGGUCAAAAGCGAAAACAACAAAUAGAGGCAUUAGAAAAUUUUCGAAGCAAUAAAGUAAACGUUCUGAUAUCAACGUCAGUAGGCGAAGAAGGUUUGGAUGUGGGUGAGGUAGAUUUAAUUGUUUGCUUUGACAUUUCUCAAAGUUCGCCAAUAAGAUUAGUGCAAAGAAUGGGUCGAACUGGUCGCAAACGAGAUGGACAUAUUAUUGCCUUAGUGACAGAUGGAAAAGAACACGAGUCUUUAAGGGCUACAAUGUCAAAAAAAGAUAGUCUAAAUAACAAAGUUUUACAGUCAAGUGCCAUUAAUACUGCUCUUUAUGAAGAAACUCCUCGAAUGAUUCCAAAUAAUUUAAAUCCCGAGUGUCGUAAGAUGCACAUGAAAGUAUUAACAAAAACUCCAAAAGUAAAAGGUGCAGUGAAAAAAAAAGAAAAUCCAAGAAUUAAAAAGAAAAACAAUGAAUCAAGACUAAUUGAAAAAGAACCUGGUGCAAAAAAUGUUGGUCAAUCGUCAAUACAAAAUUUUUUUCGAACAAUAAAACCAGGUGAAAAAAUUGCCAAUUACAGUAAUUAUGGUUGUUCACAAUUACAACAAGAUAUAAAUAUUAAAGAUGUUAAUCUUUAUUUCUCGGACAAAGAAAGUGAGGAAUUUUUAACUUUAUGCACAAUGAGAAAAACAAGAAACGAUUUUCAUAUUUUGAAUUUUCAAAUAAAUGAAAGAUACGUUCAAUUAAAUACAUAUCCAAAUGAUUUAAAUACAUUAACAGAUGAUUUAAAUUUCCUACGUAAUUUAGUAAUACCAAAUUUAAAUGACAAGGAUUAUGUGAAAUUAAUUCCUGAAAUAAUAGAAAAUACAGAGGAAACGAUAAAUCAUGAUUUUUUAAAUUCUCGUUCACAAAUUUAUGAACAAGAUUUUCCAUCAUCUUGUUUUAAUAAUAAUGAAAUUAAUUUUUCCAAUACAUUUUUCGAAACCAGUGAAGUUACAAUUCAUGGGAGUUUUGUUGAUUUACUCUAUGAUACAUCAUCAUCAUCGGAAGAAGAUAAUAAUUAUUUGCCAAAUCAAUUAGAAGUAACAAAUAAUUUUGAUGAUUUACUAUUACAAACAACUGAUGAAAGUGAAAUGGAAGUUGAAAUGGAAAUGCAAAUGGAAAAUAUAAAAAUGGAAAUAAAAACUGAAACAGAUGAUCAAAAUUUUUGCAAUGAAAUAUCGUCAAUUGGAAAUAAUCAAGAAAACAAAGAAACAAUAUUUAAUUUUACUGAUGUUUUGGAAGAUUCAAGUCUUGAUUCAGUAGGAAAUGAAGGAAAUGAAGCAAUUGUCAAUGAAAAUUCAAAAAAUGUAAUAACAGAAAAUAGAGAAAGUGAAUUUAAUUUUAGUAAUCUUUUGGGAGGUACAACUUUAGAUUCAAUAAAUAGUCAAGAUUUAAUGAAAUCCCAAAAUGCAAAAUUUUCUCAUGAAAUUUCGUCAAUAAAAAAUUCAACACCAAAUAUUAAGGGGAAAAAUUUAGUCGAAAAUGAAUUUGCAAAUCAAUUAUUGGGUGGAACAACAUUAGAUUGUAUAAAUAGUCAAGAUUUAUUAAAUUCCAUGAUUUCGAAUAAUGAAGAAAAUAAUUCCUUAAGACAAGAAAAUAUCACUCAAAACAAUAGUAUUAUUACUUUAUCAACAAAUAGCACUGGAAUUACAGUUACGCAAGCAGUUGAAGAAAUUGGCAAAAUUAAUGGUGAUAAAUCAUUUAAUAAUUAUUAUAGUUUAUUUAGAGAAAAAAGUACUCCACUAUCGGGAAUUGUAAAAAAUAAUCCAUUAACUUUAGAGAAAAGUAAUUCAAAUAAUAAAGAAAUAGUUAUUCUCGAUUCGGAUGAAGAAUUAUUUGUUAAUAAUGAUGAUGAUGAUGAUGAUGAUAUCUCUAUUAUUUCCGCAUCAAGUAAAAAACAAAUCGAUGGAAAUAUAUACAAAAAUAUUGUUCAAGAAACAACGUUAACUGUUGGAAAUUUAGAAAUUACAAAAUUAAAUCCCAAUAAAUUGGGGACAUUUGGGAAUUUAAAGAAAUUUUCUCUCAACGAAAAUUCCAGUACAACAAUUACAACAGAGGAAAAUAAAUCAAUUAAUGAAAAAGAAAAUAAAAAUAUUAACGAGGGGAGAAAAUUAACAAUUGGAAAUUUAGAAAUAAGUACUUGUAAUUCUAAUGAAAGGGGAAAUUUUAAAAAAUUUUCCCUCAACGAAAGUGAAAAUUCAAAAACAAAUAUUUCCGAAGGAAAAAAAUUAACAAUUGGAAAUUUAGAAAUUACAACAAUGAAUCCUAGUAAAUCAAUAUUAAAUGAAAGGGGAAAUUUUAAGAAAUUUUCUCUAAACGAAAGCAACAUUUCCACAGAGAGAAAAUUAACAAUUGGAAAUUUAGAAAUUACAACAAUGAAUUCUAAUUUAAAAAAAUUUUCUCUCAAUGAAAAUUCAAAAUCAACGAACGAAGGGGAAAAUAAAAAAAAAUCAUUAACAAUCAAUGAAAAGGAAAAUUCCAUAACAAUUAUCGACGAUGAUAUUUGGGACAGUGAUUUCGAAAUACCAACAACUGAUGUAAAUAAUACAAAUUAUUUUAAACCAACCGAAAUUCCAAAAUCAACAUUAACAAUCACAAAAUUAACACAAGAAACAAAUAAUACUGAAAAUAUUAGUGAAACGAGAAAAAAAUUUUCACUCUUUAAACGUGAUAAACCAUUUUCGCUUAUUCAAGAUGACAAUAAUCAACAGACCACUAAUAAUAAUAAUAGUUCAAAAAAUAAUGUGGAAAUAUUUAAGAAACCAAAUUUACAAAUUAAUUUAUUAAAACGACAUUUAAAUUCACCAUCAACAUCAAAUGAUAAAGUGAAUAGAAACAAUAAUGAUGCAAGUACAAGUAUAAUGGAUAAAAGGAAAAUUAAUCGAAAAAUUAAUUUCAAUUCAACAUUAAAUAAUGAGAGUCCUGAAAGAAAGAGAAGAAAAAUUAAAAAACGUCGUCGUAAUUGUGAAUUUAUUGAUAAUGAAGCGGAUGUUUCGAGUGAUGAGAUUGCAACUUCAGAAGGUAGUUCUGGCGAUGAUGAGGAUCUUGAAGAUUUUGUUAGUUAUACACAAAUUAAUAAUGAACAAGUUGAUAUGCGAGCUCAUUAUUUGAAUUCAGUGAAAAGUCCCAUUCGACGACCUGGUGCUUUUUUAAUUAAAAAAUCGUCUCAUUUUCAUGAAAAUGUCUACUCUCAACCUGCUUCGCAAUACGAUGAUACCUAUUUACAGGAUUCAUUUUGCGUUAACGAAGAUGAAGUUGAAUAUAACGAUGAAACUAGUGAUGAUGAUUUAGAAGUUACUUUUGAAAAUUUAACGGAAGCAACGCAAAAUCGAAGUAAACGAAAACGAGAAAAAUCGCCUGUUUUCAAGAGUAAUAAGAGAAAAAAACGAAAAGGUCGCAUUCAAAAUAUGGUCAAUAGUAGCAGUAGUGAUGAUGAAACUGAACAAAUGAGAAAACAAAUUCAAAAUGAUUCUAUUUUACUAAAAAAACUGUAAAAAUUGAAUUAUUUUUUUUUCUAUAUUGUUUUGCACAAACAAAAAUAAAAUGUAAAUUGUAAAAAGAAAAAAAGAAAAUGUAUACAAUGUAUUCUGUGAUUAUAUUAUAAAUAUAGAUUUGAAUUCAAAUCAUUAAAAAUUAUCUGUGAUAAAUAUAUAUAUAUUGUUUAAUAUGUUGUCCAUUAAUGUUAAUUAUUGCAAAACAAAUUCUUAUUGACAAUAAGAUUUCGUGUAAAAAAAAAUUAUUGUAUAAUAAAUUA